AGAAUUAAUAGGAUUAAAGAAGGUAUAUCAUGUGCACAUAUUUUUAUAAUAAACACUCAUUUUCAAGAUGGCAUCGAGAAAGCAAGAAAGCAUGAGUGAUGGGGAAGAAUUGCAUCCAAAGCCUAACAUAUCGGCUAUAAAGAAUAAACAAAUGCGCCAAGAAAUGUACCGCAAAAUGAAGCUAGAAAAGAAAAAGACAAAACUAAAAGAAAAGAAAAGAAAAAUGAAGGAAGCCAAAGAAUCUGGUGAAAAGGUGGUGAAACAGGUCCCUAAGACAAUUGAGAGCAUGCGUGUUCCUGAUGAGACCAUGGUCAGUCCCGAGGAUGAAGAGGUGCAGUUAGAUGAAGCCCAAGACGAGAUGUCCACAUACUUCAACAGAGAGACCACUCCAAAAAUUCUCCUUACCACCUGCGAUCGACCUGGAGCACGAACCAAUAAAUUCUGUAAAGAGAUCAAGAAGCUUUUACCCAACACGACCUUACUGUACCGAAGAGGGCUGGAUCUCAAGAAGGUGAUACCGCAGGCCUUGUCUAAGGAGUACACAGACCUGAUAGUGAUUAAUGAGGACAAGAAAACACCCAAUGGUUUGGUAUUGACACAUCUGCCAAAUGGACCAACUGCCCAUUUCAAAUUGUCCAAUGUCCGCCUUACAACCGAGAUAAAGAACGCGGGUGAGUUAACAGGCCACAAGCCAGAGGUGAUCUUAAACAACUUCAACACACGACUUGGUCACUCGGUGGGUCGGAUGCUGGCAUCCAUAUUUCCACAUGACCCCAAUUUUCAUGGUCGACGUGUGGUCACCUUCCACAAUCAACGAGAUUUUAUCUUCUUCAGACAUCAUAGGUACAUAUUCCGAAGUGCCCAGAAGGUUGGCCUACAGGAGCUGGGGCCACGCUUCACUCUGAAGCUGCGCACUCUACAGAAGGGAAGCUUUGACUCCAAGUAUGGGGAGUAUGAGUUCGUACACAAGCGCCAUGAAAUGGAUUCCAGUAGAAGAAAGUUCUUCUUAUGAUGACACUGAACGGUUUUUAGUGUGAAGAGAAAAAAUUGUGAAAACUUUUUAGAUGGGUGAAUUACAAAUGUAUAAUUUCAUAAUUGUGUUCAGUUAUUUGUACGAUUGCCUUAUGUCUAACAUGGAUUGCCUGUUGUGGUUUUAAUAUUUGCCUCAUGAACACUCUACAGGCCACAUUGAUCACCCAAUGUUCAUGAAACUUGGUCAAAAUAGUUGUUCCUUAGCUGAAUUUCUAACUUAAUCAUAGAGGUAAAAUAAUCAGUCAUUAUGUCAAAAUUAAGAUAAAGCUAUUUAACAUUUCAGAAGCCAAAUUUAUUGUCAAAUCUUCAUGAAACUUGAUUUGAACAUUUGUCUCUGCGAUGUCUUGCAGGAGUUAAAAAAUGGGUCAUUUUCUAGGUCACAAGUAAGGUAAAAUUGAAGGAAAAACUUGUGAUUACUCUUGUAGUAAUGUUUGUUUGUGCAAUCUUCAUGAAACUUUCUCUGAAGCCGUUAUUAUGUCUCCGAGUGAGAAAUGGUUCCUUGCCGUUGGAAAUCAUGGCAGCCAUGAGGCGGGGAUUAUUUGUAAACACCAUUUGAACACUAAAGAAAUGAUAUGAUUUACCCACCAAUCGAAAAAUUUGCUCAGAACAUUAAAAAAUGUAUAUAUCUUGGCUGAUUAAGAAAAGGUUUGUUUAAAAAAUGGCACCCAGAUAUCGGGGCAGUUGUACUUACAAGUAUAUUGUGAAACCUUGUGAACACCACCUGCAUAAAAGUCGCAGGCCUUUGGUCAACUUGUUUGUGCAUAGGAAAAGAUAUUUGUUUUAUAUUAAUGUUUUUGUGUAAAUACAUGUAUAUAAGAAAUAAAAAUUGUGUUGCCCCCGUG